AUGGAACAAAGUGUUCAUAAAAGAGUGUACAUAAAUCCAAAUUUCAAGAGAACAGAAACAGAUCCCUGGCCCACUGAACCAAUUAAAACAACACACUUUAACAGACAUUAUCUCGAAGAAUUGCCAAACAGAGUAACAAAUACAAAAAUCAAUCAGAGUAUAUCAAACAACAGAAAAAUAUAUGUUAAUCCCAACUUUAUAAGUUGCAAUAAUGCUGCUCUAAGCAAACCACCAAGUGCAGGAUAUGUUGAUAAUACAAAUGAAAAUGUAAAUAAUGUAUCAUAUAGACAAAUACUACACAAAUCUAACUAUUCUUUAGUACAAAAUUUUCAACAGACUGUUGUGAAUAAAGAACAACCAAUUAUCAAAGCUCAGACGAUUCCUGAAUCAAUUCAAAAUACUAAGAAACUAACACAGGAAGUACCCUUGACAAGAUCUCGAUAUUGUAUUAUUCGAAGAAAAAAGAGAUUAUCUGUAAAUGCAGAGUUCAAAAGUAUAAACAAUUUAGCAACCGAAUUGGUAACUGCAAAUAAAUAUCCUGUACCGAUUGCUUGUACAAAUCAAUUGACAUCUACAAACUUACAUUUAGUUAAAAAUUGUACAAAGAGCAAACUAAACCAUAAUACACCUGAACAAAUUACGAAAAUUAAAAUUACAAAGUAUAAAAUGAUACCUGCAAGUUAUCUAAAAAAUAAUACAGCUACAGAUACUAAUAAAAAUAAAUUUGUUGCAUCUUCAUUCAAAUCUUAUUUAAAAAGUAAUACAAAAUUGAGUUCUUCAUUAGUUUCUUGCAAUAGAAAUAGAUUCAAGUUUAUUAAAACUAGUACUCCUGUGAAAACUAAUACAGCUGUAUCCACAAUUAAGGCAGCUUCAAGAAUUACACAACUCAAAGGAAAAGCUGUGUUGUGUAGUGGAAAUAAGGCAAAAUUGUCAAGAGUUGCACGAGCCAAGUUCAAUUUGAACAAUAUUCCGUGCAGAUUGUUCACAAAAUAUGGAAAGUGCUUGAGACAAGUACAAGGCAACUGUAAAUAUUUGCAUGAUAAGAAGCAUGUGUCAUUGUGCCACAAGUUUUUGAAAGGUAUCUGCCAUGACAAAAACUGUACCCUUUCUCACAAGCUAACAGAUAAAAAAAUGCCUACAUGUUAUUUCUAUCUAAAGGGAAUGUGUACAAAAGAAAGUUGCCCAUACUUACAUGUAAAACUAAGUGAUAAAACCAAGAUUUGUCAAGAAUUUAUAAAAGGAUAUUGUGAAAGUGGUGAUAAGUGUCUAUUCAGGCAUGUAAAUAUUGAUAAACUAAAAAAGACCAAAAAAGUGUCUUCAAACAACUUCCAAAGAAGCUCACAAAGAAAAGUAAUGAAAACUAAAGUAAUAAAAAUGGAACAGAAAUAUACUGAUAUAAAUGGUGCUACAGUGGAGAAUUCAGAAGUUACAAUGGGAAAAGAUGGAGAGUGUAGGUAUUACAAAGAAUUAGUUAAUAGUGAUGAUAGUUAUGAGACUAUAAAACCUACAAGGUGCAAGUUGGGUACUUUGCCAUCUUUUAUACAGUUGUAAUAAUUAAUACUCAAGACAGUAUAAGGCACAUGUGAUUUACAUAUUCAACCAAAAUUAAUAUUCAAUCUAUCUUUAAUGUGUUGAAUUUGUUAUUUGACAGAAAAAUCUACUACUAAUCUGUCGAUAAGUUACUACUUAUCGAUAGAUUAAAGAUAGAUUGGUUAUUAAUUUCGGCAGUAAGUGACUAUACCUCACUUGUAACAUAUUGUUGUAUUUUUUUAAUUAUGAAUUUAAUAAUGAAUCAUAAAUAAUAAUAAGUAAUUAAUAAUUAGUUAUUAUUGUUUUGUAUAAAG